AAAAGAAAAAAACACUACACAGCUAUUGCAUGCUCAGCCCACAAAGAGAAAUAGUAUUGGAGAGACAGGGCAGAGGGGCAGAGGUGCAGAUGAAAAGAGACUAGAGAAAAUACUUCUUCAAGCUCUGAUAUACAACUACCAGACCUCCAAAAUAAAAAUGAAUGGACAGAAGCAGUGGACACGGGCGGCCGUGAUGGCUCUCCUGGUGCUAACAGUGAUGGCAGCUGAAGGAGGCAAAGCAGAGAAACAAGGAAAGAAAGAGCGCAAGUCAGACUGUGGGGAGUGGCAGUGGAGUGUGUGUGUAGCCAACGAAGGCGACUGCGGACUCGGCACUAGGGAGGGAACGCGCACCGGUACUGACUGCAAGCAGACCAUCAAGACCCAACGCUGCAAGAUCCCCUGCAACUGGAAGAAGAAGUUUGGAGGGGAAUGCAAGUACGACUUCCAGGCUUGGGGGGAGUGCGAUCUGGCAACGGGCAAGAAGAACAGGACGGGCAUGUUGAAGCGAGCGCUCAUGGAUGCGACCUGCGCCGCCACUGUCACAGCCACCAAGCCCUGUGGGAAAAUCCCCAAGACUAAGCUGCAAGAUGCAAAGAAGCAAAAGAAGGACGGCAAGAAGCGAGAGCGCACCCAAAUGGACUGAUGAGGCUGUUUUUCCCUGGGAGGAAGGGGGGAGAGGGUGGAAGGACGUCCACUGCCCUAUUUCAACACGGUUCCUCUUUGUAUCUCCUGUAGGUUGACAGUAGGAGCAUAUAGAGCUUUGACAAAACCAGUGGAAAUAUGUCUUUUAGUGACAACAUGUUUUACUCUUUCUUCUUUCUAGCACCUGAUAAGAAACAACUUGUAUGUUGCGAUAGGAGAUAUAAUACUCAGCGGUAGGGACGAAUAAUGAAUAUGGAAAGAGAUUUGUUUGCUAGUGUUCUUCCCUAAUGAUGUUAUUUCUAGGAUUAUUUUUUCCUCACGAACAAAUUGGAUAGGAUUUGUCUUACAGUUGCAUAGCCUAACUCUAAUUUGGAAAACUCUUUGGUCCGUGCCUCGACUUAAUGAAGCAGUUUGCUAAAAGUGAAGCUCUAAACAUCCUCGCUUAAUUAUUUUGAGCAAAAAAAAAAAAAAAAAUGUUGUGCAUUUGCAAUUUCUCCAAGUGUUUCACGUUAAUGGUAACGCUUCCCCCCCAUUA